AUGGAAUCAAGCAGCUCUUCAAAUCUUUUCCUGCAUUAUGGGUCCCUUGUAACAAUCAAAACACACGAUGAUUUUUAUUUAUACUCCCGUGGCUUCAUAGAUAUCACUCCAAUUCUUCAAGAUGGCUCAGACCAUGUAACUGAUUUCUUUGGCUCUGUCUUUCGAAUAGUCCCUCACUCCCCCCCCUCGAAGUUCGACCAAGAUUUUUUUGGUCGAACUUCGAGGGGGGUUAAGAAAAAUUUUUUUUUAUAUAAUUUAGUAGUUAAAAAAAAAAAAAAAUUUAUCAUAUUCUUUUGUAUGGUUGAGAGGUUGUAAGGGUUAGAAAAAAUAGUGCAAGAUGGUUUUGUAACGCUUUUUUAGAACUUGAAUACAAAAAUCGCAAGCUCACCCCCACAUAGUUUAAAAUUUUUGAAAAAUUGCUUAAAUUUAUAUAGGUCUUGGUCGAACUUUGAGGGGGGUUAAUUUUCCAAAAAAAUAGGAAUUUUCCCUAUAUCUUGGUCGAACUUCGAAGGGGGGGGAGUCAGUGUAUUUCCUCAACUCAAAAAGAAAUUCUGCGUUACAUUUCAGAUUCUCAAAGCGCAAUUUUGCUAGCAAAACUCAACCGCUUACUCCACCCCCUCCGUGAGUGAACAAAACCAUUGGAAAAAUUCCUAUUUUUUGCCCAAAAACCCACCCUCCAUGAGUGAACAAAAAAUUUUUUUAAUAAAAAAAAAUAUUUGAUAUAUAAGUGAUAAUUAUUAUAAUGAAAUCUAGAGAUAAUUCUGUUUAAUUUUAAAUAAAUUGCGUUUUUUAAAACAUAAAUUUUAUAAAUUAAAUUAAAAAAUUUGCUUUUUAAUUUUUGCGAAUUAGGAUUUUUUUAAAUUUCGAAAAAAAAAAUUUUUUAUAAAAUUUAUAUAUAAAAUUUUUUUUAAAAAAAAAAAUUAAACCCCCCUCCGUGAGUGAACAAAAUUUUUUUGUUUAUUCAAGGAGGGGGGAGUUAGAAGAAGCUUUCGAUGGAGAAGUUAAAACAAAUAUUCAUACUUACAACAACUUUAAAGGAAUUGCAAUAAAAUACGGAUCUUUGGUGCAGCUUGAACACAUCCAAAGUCACAGAUUUUUGACUUUAAAAAGCCAACAAAGUGCUGAAGUUGAGAGAGAAAAUUUAAAGCUAUCUCUCGAGGAUUACGGAAGUGAGUAUUCUCAUUUUCGAAUUGAGCCAAGUUAUAAGUAUCAAAAAGAAGGGACUGGUCUCGUAAGAUUAAACGAAAAAAUCCAUUUCGAAAUCAUGAUCCCUGAGCUCAACAGAGUCGGAUAUUUGCAUUCAAGCAAAAACAGCUUAGUCAUACCUCCUAUUAGUAGGCUAUUGACAGGAAUGAUUCUAAGAACUGAGUCCCAAGGGCCAAGCAACUCUUUAGAAAUCAAUGUAUCUCUUGACAAGAAAACUCGAUGGGUUAUUGAUUUGUAUUCUCCUUUUGUAAAAGACAUCAGUCAGUAUAAUUUUGAUGAAAUUUCUCAAGAAAUUAUUUCAGAUAAAAAUAAUCGGCAGGAGUCCAAUACAACUGAUGAAGGAAUGCAAUAUCUAGCAUGCGGGGAUUAUAUUUGGCUUACAAGGUCUGAAGAAGAAGUUUGCUUAAGUGCUGGGUACAAACAGUCAGACACAGCAGGAAUAAAAAUUGUGUAUAGCGAUAAUCUGACUGAUACAAAUGGGCUAUGGUUAAUAGAAAAUGAUGAAGUUAGGAAAGGUGGGCUUAUAACGAUUGGGAAAAGCUAUAGGCUUAAACAUAUAUCAACAGGGAGAUAUUUAUUUAUUAAAGAAAGGGCAAAGCCAGGCCCAUCAGGAGAAAAAUAUAAAUUGAAAUUAGGAAGCCAUGACAGUGAAAACAGCUUGUGAAGAUUUGAUACGUUUGAAAAGAAAAGGCAAAAUUCUUUUAUACAGCCAGAUGAGCUAUGCAGACUUUUAAAUAUUAACUGCUAUGAAGCUACUAUUACAGGAAAAGACUCUAACACUGAAAAAAGCAUCGCCAGCUUUAUUCCUUUGAUUGCUUUUGUAAAAGAUGAGCUUUCCUAUUUUAAAGUUUCCAGAGCUGGAGUUGACGUUGUGUGGGAAACUCUAUUUUUACUUCAUUGCUAUCCAAUAUUAUACAGUUUCCCUGAAUAUAUGGAACGAUAUUACAAUUUAGCUGCAAGAGAAGGAGGAAAAUCCCUGACUCCUCCGUCUGGGUUUUAGUGUGUUAAUUAAUCUAAUCAAAGGGGUUUAAUUUUUUUUUUAAUAUUAAAAUUCUAUCAAAAUUUUUUUUUAGAUUUUAAAAAUAAUUUUCGUAAAUAUUGAAACAAAAUCUAAUUGUUUAAAAGCUGACAAAAAUUUUAUAUAAUUUUUUUUUUAUUAUCUCAUUAUUAAAUCAUUAAUUGUUAUUAAAAUAUAGAUUGUGACAUAUUAAAAAAUUUUUUUGUUAACAACAAAAGGGUUAAUUUAAUUUCUAAAAAAUCGGUAUGUUUUGCUCGCUAACCAGGGGAAAGUGAGAGAAUUUGAAAAAUACAUCUUGCUAAUCCAAAAGUGCAUAGAAGACUUAGAGCUUUUCUGCAAUAAUAAACUCCAAAGUAUGGUUGGGAUGGACAAUCAAUAUGGAGAAGUCCAAUUCGCUCGCCAAAAAAUGCUGAAAGAGCAUAGGUUUUUCGAAGCUUUAGCAGAAAUACUAAACAAUGUCUUCAAGACAAAAGAAGAAAAAGCCAUUGUGAUGAAAAUAAUGAACAUCGAAACAAUGAGCAUAAACACUUCAAUUGACCGAAAAGAGCCUUUUGUAGACAUAGACAUUGACGUGAUCCGAGCAAGAAUGCUGAUUCCUGUCGUCAAAAAAAUUUACCAGAUCAUCUGUACAAUUUGCAAUAAAAAUAAAGAAAAUCAAAACUACGCAUUCGGUUUUUUUAAAAUUUUUAUAAAUCAUGCCGGUUUAGGGCUAGGUGCUACAAACUGCAUGCUGGGGAUUUUAAAAGACCACGAAAAACUUUUGCUUCAGAUUCACGAUCCUGCAACUAUAUUAUCUAUUGCAAAAAUUGUUUAUCAGGCUUGAUUAAACUGGAUAGCAUCGGCAAUUUUAAAAAGGAAAGCUUGUAGUUUUAUAUAUAGACUACAUAUUCAUAAAAAUCUAAAGGAUAGUGGCUGAAAGCUCUAGUUGGAUCAAAUGGCUCGUCUUGGAGAGCAAAUACUUCAAAUCUGCAAUGUGGACAAGACACGAUGGAGCUCCUGCAGCAAUUUUGAUGGAUUGGCUGGGAGCAGCAUGUUGUGUAUCUCAUAUUUGAUCUUUUGGUCGGAUUAUGCACAAUUGCUAUUCUUAAAAAUUGGUGCUUUUUACCAUUGCAUCUUGUCGGAGAAAGCUGCACUUGAAACCUCAUUGGUCGAGGUACUGUAGGCAUGUAGGCUGAGCCAAGAAAACUAAUCGACUACAUUUAAGGCUCAGGUAAAUAAUACCCGAUGUACUGUAAAAGAGCGUAAAGACUCACUUUAUCAUGAUUUCCGAUGGCUUGAGAUAGAGGGAUCUAACUUAUGCUUACCUCCUGAUAGUUCAUUUUUUAAUUAAUUAAAAAUAUCCACACAUGGGAAAAAAUAUGGCUCACCAGAAAAGUUAUGAAUAUUAAUUUUUUUAAUUAAUAAUGAAUGAAAUUUCAGCUCAUGUCCUAAUAAAUUAUUUAUAAAUAUUUUUAUUUAUUAUAAAGGCUUGUAUAUAUUAACAAUGGUUCUGUACUAUAAGAGUUAUGCAAAGUAUGCAAAUAUGCAAAAGUGCUGCGACCUAUAAGGACUGGAAGAAGACAUGGAUGAAUGAAACUUAUUAUUCCAAUCUCAUCAAAAAUUGUCGAUAAAAAAUUUGAUUUCAAACUUUUUCGUAAAAUAUACGUUAUGACAUUAGAUAAAUUGAUUAAAAUUUAAAAAGAUGUAAAAGUGCUGCGGCCGAUAAGAGCUUGAGAAAGAGCUGAAAGAAUAAAGCUUAUUGGUAAAAUACCAUCGAAAAUCGUCGAUAAAAAUUGCCUUCUAAACUUUUAGUUCAAUACUCAAUAUUUAAAAUGGCUUAGUACUGAAAGGUUUUAGCGAGAAUUGUAAAUAUGCAAAAGUGCUUCGACCUAUAAGGACUGGAGAUAAGGCUGCAUGAAUAAAGCUUAUUGCUAGAAUAUAAUCGAAAAUUGUCGAUAAAAAAUUUACUUCUGGACAUUUUAGCAAUAUUUGCAAUAGUGAUGAUGACUAAUCUCAGAAAAUUUAAACGACGUAAAAGUGCUGCGACCUAUAAGGGCUGAAGAUAGAGCUGCAAGAAUAAAGCUUAUUGCUAGAAUACCAUCAAAAAUCGUCGAUAAAAAAUUUACUUCUGGACUUUUUAACAAAGCAUGCUAUGAUAAAAAUGGUUUAGUGAUAUACAAUAUAUGCGAAGAUACAAAUAUGUAAAUUUGCUACGCCUAUAAGGGCCAGAGAUAAAACUACAAUAAUAGAGCUCAUGGGCGCAGCUUCAUCAAAAAAAAUCAUCGAUAAAAAGUUUAUCUUCCGAGUUUUUUUGUAAAAAUGCAAUAGUAAAAUUGGCAAUAUUUUUAAUUAUAAAAACAGCAAGCAGGUAAAACUUUAAACAAUGAAGUGCUGAGACCUAUAAGAACCAGAGGUAGAGAUGAAAGAAUAAAGUUUAUUGGUAAAAUACCAUCAAAAAUUGUCGACAAAAAAAACUUUUAAAUAUUUUAGUUCAGCAUUCAAUAUUGGAAAGGCAAUAUUAAUUCUGUUUGGUUAAGUGGAUCUAUAAUAAGAUAUUUAAUAUAAGAAUUUAAGCCAUUUUUUAUUUUUGUCAAGCUAAACAAAUUGCUAUAUGUGGAUAUUUUUAAUAAUUAAAAAAAUGAACUAUCAGGAGGUAGCAUAAGUUAGAUCCCUCUAUCUCAAGCCAUCGGAAAUCAUGAUAAAGUGAGUCUUUACGCUCUUUUACAGUACAUCGGGUAUUAUUUACCUGAGCCUUAAAUGUAGUCGAUUAGUUUUCUUGGCUCAGCCUACAUGCCUACAGUACCUCGACCAAUGAGGUUUCAAGUGCAGCUUUCUCCGACAAGAUGCAAUGGUAAAAAGCACCAAUUUUUAAGAAUAGCAAUUGUGCAUAAUCCGACCAAAAGAUCAAAUAUGAGAUACACAACAUGCUGCUCCCAGCCAAUCCAUCAAAAUUGCUGCAGGAGCUCCAUCGUGUCUUGUCCACAUUGCAGAUUUGAAGUAUUUGCUCUCCAAGACGAGCCAUUUGAUCCAACUAGAGCUUUCAGCCACUAAUCCUUUAGAUUUUUAUGAAUAUGUAGUCUAUAUAUAAAACUACAAGCUUUCCUUUUUAAAAUUGCCGAUGCUAUCCAGUUUAAUCAAGCCUGAUAAACAAUUUUUGCAAUAGAUAAUAUCAAAAUCUGAUAACAUAAUUAUGUAUUAUGCAAAAUUACUCAAAAAGCAUUACAGGAAUAAAAAGCCCCAGCUACUGGAUUUUCUGAGCACAAUUUGUUCAUUUAAAGGUGAUGGAGUGACAGUAAAUCAAGAAAAAGUCUAUGAGUAUAUUUUUGCCAAUCCUAUUAUAUAUCAAAAAGCAUUGAUACCAGUGUCAGUCUAUGAGGAUUCUUUAUAUGUUUCAUUAGGGGAAAACAGAGAUGAAAUUAUUUCUUUAGAUAGCUGCUUUCAAGGAGGGAUAAUUGUUUCUCAUCAAUCAGAAAUCAUUUAUUUUAACAAGCUUCUUGAGCUGUUCGCAAAUAUGUGUUUAAGCAGGAAUUUCAUAUGCACUGAGUCCUUAAAAGACCAUUUUUCACAAGAAAUAUUGCAAAUAAUGAUGUGGAAUGGCAAUAUCAGCAAUCAGUUUAGGGCAGCAUUUUGCAAGCUAUUAUUAACGAUCCAUAUAGAUACAUAUCCAAGGGAAGAGUCAAUAAAGCCUGAGCUAAUAAAAGUCAUCAAUAUGGGAACAAAUUUAGGACAGCUAGAAACACUGAGCUCUCCUAAUAAAAAUAAAUCAAUUAGCUUUGACUCCAGAGAGUCUUAUCGCCGGAUAAUGAAAAAAGGGUCAAUUUUUGCAAAAGUGCAAGGAUUUGCUGGGAAUGUACUUAAAAUAGGGAGCAUUGCCCCUGAGGAAAGCGAUAUAGUUAGGUUUACCGAACAAGACAUGGUGGAAGAAAACUUAUUGAACUCAGUAUUGGAAUAUUUCAAUAGUCAAGUUUUAAGUCCGAAUUAUGAUAUUUUUACUGAAGAACUUUUGAGACUUGCAGAUAAACUAGUCAGAUUUGAACUUUAUGGCACAGAGUGUACUGAUUUUAACAAUCACUAUACAAUCUGCAACUCCAAUAGCAUUGCUUUUUCUACAGAGAAAAUGGAUAUUAUCAGAUUCCUUAAAUCAGUAGCCCCACUUUAUUUUUAUGUAGGAAAAAGCAUACACGCCCAAAAGAGAAAAUCAGAGCUUAAUCUAAAAAUGAUAUCUAAUAUUUUUUUUAAAACUGACGCAAAUGAGAAAAAACGAACCCAAAAAAAGAAUAAAAAAGCAGGAUUUCUUAUGAACUUGUUAAAUGAUAACUCAGGACUAUCAAAUCCAGUUAUCCGUUGUGCUUCGAAUUUAAGGAAUUUUUUAAAUUCACUUAAGCAAAGCACGAUGCAGAAUGUGGAGGUUGAGGACUCAGAAACAAAGAUAAAGAUUAGGAUAUGCAAAAUUUUCCAUUAUUAUAUGGAUUGAAGACAAGAAUUUUUAAUUACAAAUAUAAGCCAAUGGUUUUCGUCUCUGGAGUAUGAUAAAUCGCUUUUAACGCAGACGGAAGUUCUGAAAAAUCUGCUCCCAGAAGUCAUGCAAAUUGGGUAUAUUGAUAGGUUUUCGAGGCUUGCUGAUUUGGUUAGUGAUAUAUAUACAAAUAAAUUUAAACAGUACAGCUCACCAUUAAUACCGGAUCUAAAUAUUAUAUCAAAUGGGUCAGUAAUUCAUCCACUGCUUAUGAUAUUCAAGUCUUCGUCAGACUACAAGCUGCAGUCUUUAACCCUGAGCUUGAUUAUUAGAUGUUUUAAACAAAGGGAAGAGCUUACUCAUUCAAUUAAAAAACUUUAUGUGAUAAGCACAGCUGAUGAUAAACUAUUAUUAGCAUGGCUUAAAGAAAAUUUAAAAGAUUUUAAGCAGGAAAGCGAACAAAGUGAGCUUUGGUUGAAUUAUUGGAAACAUAGUGGGAAUUUGAGACAAAAAUACUUUGAAAAAUUUCAAAAAAUUAUGCAAUUCUUACUCCCCCUCUGUGAGCGAACAAAUAAAUUUUGUUCGAUCACGGAGAGGUUUUAGUUGUUUUUUAAAAAAUUCCAAUUUGUAAAAAAUUGAGAAGCAAAAAUUAAUUUAAUUUGCAAAAUUUAUGUUUUAAAAUGCAAGCUGUUUAAAAUUAAACAAAUUUUGGGUAAAAUUUAAUUAUAAUAAUUAUUAUUUAUAUAUCAAUUUUUUUUUCAUAAAUAAUUUUAUAUUAAAAAGAUUUUUAUUCGCUCACGGAAGGUGGUUUUUAGGCAAAAAGGGGAUUUCUCCAAUGGUUUUGUUUGCUCAUGGAGGGGGAGUUAGUCAAUCUUGAUCAUUUAUUUUACGAAGAUACUAAGAUUGAAUCAAAUCAAUUGAUAUUAGGAAAUAAAGUAUCAAUUUCAAAAGAAAGACAAGAUAUUCUAUAUUAUCUCGCUGCUCAUACUCUUCUUAUUAGGUUGUUAAAGGACGGAAUGCAUACAUUAGUUAGUCUCUAUGAAUCACCAAAUAAAGAAAUUGAAGAACCAAGAACUCUUCUUUCAGAUCUAUUCAAGCAAUGCCACAAAAUAUUGCGAAAAUUUGUAUAUUGUCAUUCAAAUAACCAAAAGCGGCUUUGUAAAGAUAUUCACGUCUUCCUCCAGCAUCUAAAAGUCAAUGUUGAUCAAAUUCCAUUAAUAUGCGAAAUAUAUAAAGACAACAUAGAAUUGAUAUUGACUAUCAAUAAAGAUCUUUUAAAACCUUUUAAAACGCUCAUUUACAAUGAAGGCAGACAACCAGCAUUUCUAGAAUUUUUAGAAACCAUUCAAACAGUUAAAGGGACACCUGUUAUCGAAAUGCAAAGUAUGGUCAUGAAUUUCUUUUUUAAAGUAGACUAUAACAGAUUUUUAUUAUUUAUGAAUGAUGAAACUGAUCCAGAAUUUAUGUUCGAGCCACAGAAACCGCAUUAUUCUAGCUGGACUUAUCAAGAUAUACCCUAUGAGUAUCAUGCUAGGCUUAUUAAUGUUAUUUCUUUAUGUGGUUUUGGUGUUAAUGGGAUGUAUAUAAACGAAAGUAAAUGUCAAAAAAUCCUAAAAAUCCAAUCCUUAAUGAAAUUAUUGGUUUUAGCUGAAGAUAAAAAUAGCCCAUAUCAGGUUUUGAAAAUCCCACUAUUGGAUUUCUUGUUUAAUAUUUAUAUUGAUACUGAAAAAAUUAACCAAGAUGUGAAACUCUGCACUGAAUUUUUUGCUUAUAUCAGAGAGCAAGCGAAAAUUUUUGCAAAUAAACAUCAGCUUGAUAGCUCAUAUAUAGAAUUCCUCAACAUAUGAAUAAAAAUAUUAACAAAAUACUGUCUCUCAUACUUAAACAGUAGAGAUUUGCUAUCAGAUAAAGAGGAUUUUGCAUCAAUCCAGUUUUAUGUACAAAUGUUAAUUGACAACCAUCAGGCGUUCUAUACAAAGAAGCUACCUCAAUCCCUCAUUAAUAGCAUAACAGCACUUUGUGACAGGUUUAAUCUUGAAUUCAGCUCAAUAAUUUAUGAUGAAAGUUCAAUAAUAAUCUCAGCUCCUUCACACGAAGGUAACCUGAAGAGAGGCCGAUCUCGAUACGGACUUACCGAAAAAUCAAACGAGGUUUCUACCUUCUGAAAAGAAUUUAAAAACAAUUUUAUUUACUCAGACAGCAUGAAAUCUUGCUUAAAGCAAGAAUGGAAAGCUUUAAUUGUCGCUAUUUAUAAGGUUGAAGAAUUUGUUGAAGAUUUGACAUUUGAGAGCUUUGUGCAAGCCCUUGUUAAUUAUAUCAGGCUAAGCAGAAGUCAGCAUCCAUCUAUUGAAAUCCUUAUAAAUGCUAUUGAUUUGUUAGGGUCUCUUAUUUCUGAACAAGUUGUUGAUAAAUAUGAUGAUGUUGAUGAAGAAAAACUUAAAAUUCAAGAUGAAAUUAAUGGCUGUGGAGCUAGCAAGGUAGCUUUAACACUUAUGUGUGAUAAAGAAACAGAUCCCCGCGUUUUUGCAUCUUUACUUGACUUUUCCAUAAAUUUGUUAGAUGGGGGAAACCAAAAAAUCCAAUGCGAUUUUUACCAGUUUUUUGUGAAUGUCCCAAAUUCAGAAAUAUUUUUUGAAAGGCUCCACAAGCUAUUUUUGGAAAAAAUUGAAAAACUUUCACGAGGACAUGUAAAUGAAGCUUUAAGAAUUCCGAUUUAUAAAGCAAAAUCUGAUAAGAUUGUCAGUGUUUUAAGACUCCUGCAGCUAUUCUGUGAGGGGCAUUAUUCGAAGCUUCAAAACUAUAUAAGGCAUCAAGAAAAAUCAAGGGUAAGCUAUGACUUAAUUGCUGAUUGCAUUUCUUUAUUGGAAAUUCUGACCAGAAAAUUAUAUUUGAAAACUUUUCCAGUAAUUUCUCAAUGUUUUGACUCACUAACUGAAUUUAUUCAAGGUCCUUGUUUAGAGAAUCAAGAAAGUAUUAUUGAUGGGAAAUUCCUUGAGCUUGCUUCAAAUUUAUUAUCAUUGGACGAAAGCAGUGAAAAAAUCCAAUCCUUAGGCUCAAUUUUUAGCGAUAAAUUUUCUAGGUCAGAAAGCAUGCUGUCUGGAAAUAUUGAUACCAAUGAGCGUAUUAAAGGCUGAAUGAUUUCCCACUUAAAAUAUAAAUGCAUGAUUACCAUCAAUAGCUUAUUAGAAGGAAGAAGCGAUAACUAUAUUGUCAGCCGCAUGAUUCGUUCAUUUAAUAUAGAGCUGUUUAAAGAAAAUCUUAUCAAUAUAUACAAGAAUUUUAUUGUGCUGUAUAAAAAGCCAUUAUACGACUAUGAAAUUUUCAACCAUACGUCUGGUAAUGAUGAUUAUGAUUUUGCAUCUCGAAAUAAUCCUCAAGACGAAAACCCUGACUACUACACAUGUGUAAUAUACUUAGUUUCAAAAACUUCAAACAAUCCUUGAUAAUUUUGAUAGGAUAAUAGCUAAUUGAUAAGAAUUUAUAUUCAUUUUUAAAAUAGUAAUAGAAGUUGGUUUCAUGAUUUUCCAUUUAAUUAAAAUUUUCCAAGAAAAUGAUGACAGAGAAAAAGAUGAAUUUUUUGACGAUGAAUUUUUCGAGCUAGAAGACGAAAGCAAAAGUUCAUUCUUUGGGGCAAAGCUUAUAGAAGGGCUAGGGAAAUUUGGAGUCGCUUUCUUAAAAAAUGCAGUCAAAGCUGGAGCUAACGUUAUAUCAAAAUCAGCUCAAAAGCUAGCAUUGAAAAGUGAGGACAGAAAAGAAGAAAUCGAUAAAGCUGAGCUAUUAGGUGACGCUUAUGAUUUUUUUGGGAAAUAUACAGGAAGCAUUGAGUUAAUGUUUCAUGAUGUGCUGACCAAAGUUUAUUUUUCUUUACCACCAGAAUUUGGAGGCUUGGGGAAUGAAAUCAAAGAAGAAUUCCACUAUUAUGCUGAUAGGACGUCUGACCAAACAAAGCUAAAAUAUUUGAUAGUAAAAUCUGACGCAAUGAUUGAACAAAUCAAACAUGAUUACUGGCUGAAAAAAUUAUUUGACAGGCAAAGAAUGCUUGCAUUAAUCGCAUCAAAUAUUAGCUUAUGGAGAGAUCUUGCAUUUAUGAUGACCAUUUUAUUGAAUCUUAUCAUUGUGCUGUCGUAUUCUUCGUAUGGCGGUGAAGAUGCUUAUAACUCUCCUUCGUUUCUUUAUUAUGAUUCUAAUCAUACAGAUGAUGGGCUAAAUAAAAAAGAGACCCUUAACUUUAUUCGAUCUGUUGGCAUUAUACAACUGGUAUGCUGCUGCUUAAUUGUAUCAUUUUUCUUGCUUAAAAAAGGCCCUGUGCUUGCAGUCAGAGGCUGGAAAGAAAAAAGCCCAGGCAAUGAUUUUUGGAGAAAAAAUCCGUCAAAUUUCCAGAUAGCUCUAAAAAGAAUUCAUCAGUCGAUUUUGACAGUGACAUAUAUUUUUAGUAUUUUCGACGUAUGAUAUUAUAUUGGAUACAUGACAAUUUCAUGUCUGGGGAUAGCUGUACAUCCAUUCUUUUUCACUUUAUUAAUGCUUGACAUGCUUCAUACUUAUCCUUCGCUUCAAAAUGUGAUCAAAGCUAUUGUGAGACCAAGGAAAGCUUUAGCUUUAACUUUUCUGUUCUCUUUAGUUAUUGUGUAUAUAUUUGGAAUCGUCGGGUUUUGGAAAUACCACGAUGAAUUCAAUGGUGAUUGCAAAAGUCUAUAUAUGUGUACUGUCACAAUUUUCGAUAAAGGAUUCAAAAAUAAUGGUGGGAUUGGAGCAUGACUAAAACCUUGGAAAGCAGGGAGCCUUGAUUAUGGUAGGUUUUUCUUCGAUAAUGCUUAUAACAUCAUAAUUAUGAUUAUCAUGCUAAAUAUAGUCCAAGGUAUUAUCAUUGAUACUUUUGCAAUUUUAAGAGAGGAGCAUGAGAGGAAUACUGAUGACAGAGAAAAUAAAUGCUUCAUAUGUGGAAUUGAAAGAGAAGAUAUUGAAAGAGCCACAAAGAGGCCAUUUAAAUACCACACAUUGAAAGAGCAUGAAGAGUGGAAUUAUAUUCUAUAUAUUUCGUAUUUAAAAGCCAAAGAUGAGACUGAAUAUACAGGAAUUGAGUCAUAUGUAAGGGAACAAAUUGAUUGUAAAGACUUCAUGUGGAUUCCUCAGCACAGAGCGUUGUCAAUCAAAGAAGAUGAAAAUACAGAAAAUAAAUAUUUAUUAGAAAAUGCUAGUAUAAUUGAAGGGAAGCUAGAAGAAUUGAAAGAUAAAUUCAAAAGAUUUAAUCGGGAAACUAUUGAUGAGAAGUAA